CGAGGCGCAGCCCCGCCGGAGGGGCUCGACCCUGGCUAGUGCCUGUCCGCCCCCUCCGGGACGCGGAGACCCACCGGGCGGGUGUCGGGGAGCGGGCAGCGCCAUGCGCCCCUCCGAGGAGUGAAGGGGCGGGCGGGCUGCUCCGGUGUGCGAACGGAGCCGCCGCGGAGGUGGCCCGAGGUGACGGGAGGCCGGGAGAGGUGCCGCGCCAGCGUCGGUAGCGCUGCCACCAAGGGUCAUCUACAGCGUGUCUCUCCAAGAAGACUCCACAAUGAAAAAAACAACCCAGAGUUACUUCUUACUCAUCAUCCUUCUAACUAGAAUUGUUCCAAGUCUUUCUUCUACUGUAAAUUACACUGAUCCUACAUUAGAGCCUGUAGUAACUGAAAAUUCAGUCAUACGGCAGAAGAUUAUAGAUUCGCAGUUCAAAUGUUAUGAGAGGAUGAACAGAGCUCCUCCAUACAAUAAAAAAGGUCUGUUCUGCAACCGAACAUGGGAUGGCUGGUUGUGCUGGGAUGACACACCUGCUGGAAGGCUCACUGCUCAGAAUUGUCCAGAUUAUUUUCCAGACUUCGAUCCAACUGAGAGGGCCUCAAAAUAUUGUGAUGAAACUGGAAAUUGGUUCCGCCAUCCUGAGAGCAACCGAACUUGGUCCAACUACACCCUGUGCAACUCUUUCACCUCUGAAAAAUUGAAGAUGGCGUUCAUACUUUAUUAUAUGGCAAUCGUUGGCCACGCUUUGUCUAUAACAUCCCUGUUGAUUUCCUUGGCAAUUUUCUUCUAUUUCAAGAGCCUCAGCUGUCAAAGGAUAACACUGCAUAAGAAUUUGUUCUUUUCCUAUGUGCUGAACUCCAUGUUUACAAUUGCCCACCUCAUUGCUGUCGUCCCUAACCCAGGCCUUGUAAAAAGAGACCCCGUAAGCUGCAAAGUGCUGCAAUUCUUUCAUCAGUACAUGCUGGGCUGCAACUACUUCUGGAUGCUCUGCGAAGGCAUUUAUCUUCACACGCUGAUCGUGGUGGCAGUGUUUGCCGAAGAACAGCGUUUGCACUGGUAUUACCUCUUGGGCUGGGGGUUCCCUUUAGUGCCAGCAUCCAUUCACGCAGCUGCAAGAGCCAGAUACUUCAAUGACAACUGCUGGAUGAGUGUUGACACACACUUGCUUUAUAUUGUUCAUGGACCUGUAAUGGCAGCUUUAUUGGUCAAUUUUUUCUUUUUGCUGAACAUUGUCCGAGUUUUGGUGACAAAGCUGAGAGAUACCCACCGUGCUGAGUCCAACAUGUAUAUGAAAGCUGUCAGAGCUACUUUAAUCUUGGUGCCCUUACUGGGAAUUCAGUUUGUUAUUAUUCCCUGGAGACCAGAAAACCGACUUGCUGGAGAAAUAUAUGAUUACAUCAUGCACAUACUAAUGCAUUACCAGGGCUUACUUGUGGCUACCAUAUUCUGCUUCUUCAAUGGUGAGGUCCAAGGAGCUCUGAAGAGGCAAUGGGCACAAUACAAAACCCAGUGGGGCCAAAGGCGCCGAGAGCACUGUUCCACACGAUCUACCUCCUACACGGCCACGUCAAUCACUGAGGUCCCUGUUUACCUGUACCAUCAUGAUGCCAACAAUGAACAGUUAAAUGGAAGAUAUGUAGAGGACUCUGAACUCGUUGCAUUAAAAUCUGGAGACACGUCUGCCUAGCUCAGCACCAGCCACUGCAAACACAUCGUUUCAUGUUCUGCUUGUGAAAAAACUGGGGAGAAGGGUGAGAGUGUGGAAGUCCAAGAUGCUGUGUCAGAGUGUAGGCCCAGGCAGAAGGACACAUCCUAUUCAAACCACAUCAACCUCUGACAGCAAUGAUGUAGAGGAAGUGAGAUGCAGACCUGGAACAGCAUUUCUUCCUGCAGCAGGGAGUGAACAUGGACCUGCCCACCAGGCUGCGUAACCUCCACAUCUCCUGAUACCUGUAUGAAGUGACCAUCUGACAUUUGCAACAGCCCCAGGUAGCCAACAGCAAAUAGGAAAGAAAGAACCAGUAUGUGGCAAUUGGAAACUUUCAUCACUUUUUGCUUUUGGUACUUUUCCUUAACACUAGAUUUUAAACCAUCAACUUUCACAAAGUGUAACUGACUUGGAGCCCUUUAUUUUUCCCUUUUAAUGAGCUUGAUGACUGCUUAAAAAUUUUUGCACAUUGCAAUAAAAAUCUAACAUAUG